CGCCCCCAGAGCUGUUGAGAGGUGAAACAGUUCCACGUUGAGGCUCAAACUCCGGGCGGCAUCAGCUUCUGCCGCUCUCCGUGUGUGUACAGCGCUACACCCCUCCAUACUUUGUUUGUUUGUUGUUUAAGGCCCGCGAAACAUGACGUUCAGGGUUAAAAAGGUGAACUCCAGCGGGCUGGAGAACGGAACCGCACCUCGAGACAGCGACAUUUAUUUCCCUUCGUCAAAGUCGGACAGCUGCAGGACCGCAGACCCGCCGACCAGGUCCUCGGAGAUUUACAACUACAAGACCCUGGCUUACUCUGGGGGGACCCUGCCAAGGAACUUUAAAAAGGGUGGCGGGCCGCAGAAGUGGAAACCUGUGACGACGUCACCAGAACCGCAGAGAAAGGUGGUGCUUCUCGAGAAAUCCGAAGAGGAGACCUUCGGUUUUGAGAUUCAGACUUACGGCCUCCACCAUCAGGACCAAAACUCAGUGGAGAUGUGCACGUUCGUCUGUAAGGUGCACGACAACAGCCCCGCUCAACAGGCUGGACUCAAAGUUGGAGACACCAUCUCCAGCGUGAACGAGGCUUCGGUGGAAGGGUUUCUGCACAAAGACAUCGUUCAGCUCAUCAGGGCGUGUGGCAACAGCCUCAGGCUCGACACGGUUUACAGCGACUCCAUCCGAAAAGCCGAGCUGGAGGCCCGUCUGCAGUACCUGAAGCAAACGCUUCACGAGAAAUGGGAUGAAUAUCGCUCAUUGGUGGUUCAGGAGCAGAGGCUUUUUCAUGGCAUCGUGAUGAGUGACGCGUCUGUGUACGAGUCCCUGGAGUCAGCAGGUGUGUACGGCAGCCUCGGCACUCCCAGUCCCAGCGUCCAGAGAGCACUGCGGGGCACCGGCAGCACCAGCAGCAGCGCCAGCCUCCUCAGCGCCGCCACCGAUGACGACCCCCUGUACCAAACCUGCCUCUAUCAUUCGGACGGAAACAUAGACUCUGAAAACGCAGGCAAGAAGGAACCCCCAAAGAGGCAGCAGCGUCUCCGACCGACCAGCGAAUUCUUCUCGGCUGCCAAGACCCACCUGACCCGCAGCGCCAGCACUCGCAGCUACGUGAAGGAGUCCUCCUCUUCCUCGGGGGACAAGCAGGGAUCACUGAGGAGGAAGCCCAAACAGAAGAGCUUCCGCCGGCGCAUCCUCAAAUUCAUCCCAGGCUUGAACCGACCGCUGGAGGAGGAGGAGAGCAAACUUUGAGCGCCAGACAGACAACAGAAAGACUUCUUCCACCAAAGAAUAAGGAUUGGAGACCAAAGUCUUUGCUUGACCAACAGACAUUGGCUACAUUCAGUAGCUGCCAGUGUUUCCGACCUGUACAUAACUUUUGUUUGUCUUGCUUUCUAAGUUAUUUAUUUAUUUUUACACGUUCUGUUCAUAUACAGAAAGAAGGACACGUUUGGACUGUUAUUUUUUUUUUGUUUCUCUGCAUCUACCUUUGAACCCCAGGAUAACUGUGACUGAACAACAGGGUUUUGUAAGAACUCAUUGGUUUAUUCAGACUAGAGCCUGCUUUAUUUUUCCACCCAAGUUAACGGUUUCUAAAAAUAAAAAAAUGUGGCAUUUCCA